AGUGUCCAUGAAGAUGAAGAAACCUCAAUAUUCCCGUCUUAUGUCUAACCUCCCUCGUUAUAUUCUUACCCAUUUCUCGCAAACAAGCUCAAGCUCGUUGGUUCUCAAUUUCGGACACCACCCGGCAUCGUCAUCGUCGUCGUCAUGUUUACGUUGUCCUCGUCAUGUCCAAAAUCAACAGCGCUUCGAUAUCUCCAUCGCAAUCCGGGAUCGGAGCCUUGUGCGAUCACGCCGCCGUCGAAUCUCCCGAUAAAGAACUCGAAUCAAUCCCGUUGCUCGUAUUCGAUUCAUCCCCCGGCGAACCAGAGUGUCGCAGCCAUCGUGUUCGGAGACGGCUCGACGCAUUCGCGGCUGCAUCCGUUGACGAAGAGGAGAUCGGAGGCGGCAAUUCCCGUCGCCGGAAAUUACCGCCUGAUCGACGCCGUCGUCAGCAACUGCAUCAACAGCGACGUGACUCGAAUAUACGCUCUUACGCAGUUCAACUCGACUUCCCUCAACUCUCACCUCUCGAGAGCCUACUCCGGCAUGCGCCUUUCCAACGACGGCAUCGUCGAGGUCAUCGCGGCGUAUCAAAGCCCCGACAACAACGGAUGGUUCCGGGGAACCGCGGACGCGAUAAGAAGAUGCUUAUGGAUGCUCGAGGAAUAUCCGGUGGCUGAGUUUUUGGUUCUCCCGGGUCACCAUCUCUACAAAAUGGAUUAUAGAAACCUCGUCGAAGCCCACAGGAGAUCCGGCUGUGAUAUAACUGUCUCAGUUUCGACUCGGACUAAAGGAGAUGAUCGAAAAGAAGACAUGGGAAUCUACGUAAUCGAUCGAGACGUUAUGAUCGAGCUACUUACAAUACAUUUCCCGAACGCCAACGACUUGGGAAGUGAAGUGAUCCCGGGCGCGACAUCGCUCGGGAUGAAGAUUCACACGUAUGAGUUCGAUGGAUACUGGGAGGACAUGGCGAGCAUCGUUGCUUACUAUCGCGCGAACAUGGAGGCCAUUCCGAGGAUGAGUAAUGCUUACAACUUCUACGACAAAGAGUGGCCGUUGUACACGUUGCCGCGUCACCUACCUCCGACGCUCAUAACCGACGCCGUCAUAACGGAUUCCAUCGUCGGAGACGGGUGCAUUCUCAACAAAUGCAGGAUAACGAGCUCGGUGAUCGGCAUGAGGACGAGGAUAGGGAACGACGCCGUUGUCGAGGAUUCGAUCAUCAUCGGAUCCGACGCAUAUUACCCUAACAACAACGGCAGCGGCGAAGACCGCGGCGCCGGAAUUCCUGUCGGAAUCGGCGAAGGCUCUUAUAUAAGGAAAGCGAUCGUCGAUAAGAAUGCAAGAAUCGGCAACAAUGUGAUGAUUGUGAAUAAAGAUGGUGUGGAAGAAGGGAGUGACGAAAGCAGAGGAUGUAUCAUAUCAGGAGGAGUAAUAGUCAUCACAAGAAAUGCACUCAUCCCCCAUGGAACUAUCCUUUGAUAUUUAUAUUAUUAUCAUUAAUAAUAAUUGUAAUAAUAAUAAUUACAUUAUUUUUUUAUUUAAAUAAUAAAUUAGA